AUGCAACAAAGAAAACCAUCAAUAAUAGAAAAUAAACAACCUGGAUCUACACCAACUCAACCACCACAACAACAACCAUCAAACCAAUUCUUAUUAGCUGCACAAACCAUUACAAAAGUUCAAGAAAACACUCAUUAUUGGUCAGAGAAAUUAAAGCAAGAAUCAAAACUUUUAACAAAAGAUGUAUUAUUAUAUGAACAAUUGAUUAAUAGAGAUAUCACAAAUAGAGAAAUUUUAUCUAAAGAGAAGGAGCAAGGUUCAAACAAACAAUUAUUGGCAAGAUUAGUUGGUGAUUUAAAAUUUUAUAAUGAUUUAAAAGUUUCAAGAAUGAAAACUAUUGGAUUAUCAAAUGCUGGUCAUUAUACAAAUACUAUAUGGGGUGAAGGUUAUCAAGGUUAUGGGAAUGGGUUCAGUGAUGGUCAAACCAGAGUGAUAUUACCAAAAGAUCGUAAAAAACCUUCAAGAUUAAGAGAUUUCCAAAUUUCGAAAAAAUUGAAUGAAAUUCAAGCUUAUCAAUCUGAUGAUUUUAUUCCAAUUAGAUUAGAAUUUGAAAUUGAAAAGGAUAAGUUCAAGUUAAGAGAUACUUUACUUUGGAAUCAAAAUGAAAAAACUAUUACAUUGGAAAAUUUAGUUGCUUUAAUUAUGGAGGAUUAUAAAUUGAAUAAUCCAUUAUUAUCAGAUACGAUAUUGGCUUCUAUAAAAGAACAAGUUACAGAAUAUCAUCAACACGUUUUCAAUAACAAAUUUGGUUAUGAUUUAAGAAUUUUAAUAAAAUUGGAUAUAAUUAUUGGUAAUAAUCAACUAAUUGAUCAAUUUGAAUGGGAUAUUUCAAACCCUUUGAAUUCUCCUGAAGAAUUUGCAGAAGCAAUGACAUCUGAAUUAGCAUUACCUGGUGAAUUCACUACGGCAAUUGCUCAUUCCAUAAGGGAACAAGCUCAAUUAUAUACCCGUGCAUUAUAUUUAAUUGGAUAUGAUUUCCAAGGUGGAUAUAUUGAUGAAGAUGAAAUCAGAACAAAUUUAAGAACUAUAGUGACUCAUCAAGAUUACCUAAGGGCUAGAACCCAAGUUACUCAAUUUACUCCACAGAUAUUGGAAGUUUCAAACCCAGAAUUGGAAAGAUUAGAUAAAGAUCGUGAAAGAGAUUCAAGAAGAAAAAGAAGACAAGGUAGAACAGGUCGUCGUGGUGGUCCAGUGCUACCUGAUUUGAAAGACGUUCCUAGAACCUUUAGAACCCCUGUACCAACAACAACAUUACCAGGUGGUGUUGAUUUCACUGAUAGUGUUAAUUCCUAUCAUGUGAUUACUGAAACUAUAAAUAAACCAGUGGAGAGUAAAGCCACACCAAGAGCACCUGUUAAUCAAGGAUCCGUCCAUUCCACACCAGUGAUUGUCCAUGAGACUAUGGGUAUCCCUGGCAGAAAGAGGAAGGUGGUUGUUAGUCAUGUUCCUGGAGUUUCUUGUAUAGUGAACAUUAAAUUAAAAUAG